CUCAUGCUGAUCCAGGCUAAACGGUCCAGUCAGGUGAGCUCAGCGGCUCAGCCCAUGUAGGCAGUCAGCCUCUCAGGUUGGGAGUUGGGACUCAGGAGUUUCACCAGAUUAAGCAUAUGCUGCUGAUUCGCCGGUGAUCCCCUCCCUCCUUCGCCGUCGCCGUCGCCGUCGCACCAGCUUGGCCGCCAUCUCUGGAUCGCCGCUGGACUCGCUUCCCUGACCCAGAAGCUACGAUGAAUUACAUCAUCGGCGCAUUCAAGCCGCCCUGCGACAUCUUCGUCACAUUCGCCGAUGAGAGAACCCGGAAGCAGGUCCAGAUCAAGAAGGACAACGGGAAGACUGUCAUGGUGCCGGCCUUCCAGACCCUUGAGACCAUAGCCGGAGAGGUGUCGAUCGCUCCAGUCCCAGGUAAAAGGCUUGAACACACGGGUGUGAAGAUUGAGCUGCUGGGUCAGAUAGAGCUGUAUUUUGACAGAGGCAACUUCUACGACUUCACUUCAAUAGUGCGUGAAUUAGAUGUCCCUGGUGAAAUAUAUGAAAGAAAGACUUAUCCAUUUGAGUUUUCUACUGUUGAAAUGCCAUAUGAGUCAUAUAAUGGGACAAAUGUCAGAUUGAGGUACAUACUGAAAGUAACAAUUGGCAGAAAUUAUGUUGGCAGCAUUGUGGAAUCGCGGGACUUCUGUGUAAGAAACUACUCUCUAGUUCCCACAAUCAACAACAGCAUCAAGAUGGAAGUUGGCAUUGAAGAUUGCUUGCAUAUUGAAUUUGAGUACAGCAAAAGCAAGUAUCAUCUCAAAGAUGUCAUCAUAGGAAAGAUAUAUUUUCUUCUGGUCAGAAUAAAGAUAAAGAACAUGGAGCUUGAGAUUCGUCGGCGUGAAUCUACAGGGUCUGGUCCUAACACAUACGUUGAGACUGAGACACUAGCGAAAUUUGAGCUUAUGGAUGGCGCCCCAGUUAGAGGAGAAUCGAUUCCGGUGAGACUAUUCUUGACGCCAUAUGAGCUUACCCCAACUCAUCGCAACAUAAACAACAAGUUUAGUGUCAAGUACUACCUAAACCUAGUCAUUGUUGAUGAGGAAGACCGGAGGUAUUUCAAGCAACAUGAGAUCACAAUGUAUCGCCUUCUAGAAACCCCACAAUCUUCAUAGGCUCCUUUCCUUGCUUUCUAUGAGUUGGAACCAGAGCUAGAGGCAUUUUGGUUUAACCUUGCACGAGGACGCCAAAGUUGGUGGCCUUACUUUUGGUCCCGCCUUGUACAUAACUCUCCCGAUGGAGCAAUGCAGUUCUUAUGUAAGAGACAUAAAAAUGCAGUUCUACCAUAUGGUGUUGCUUUGUUACUGCCUUUGUUUGAAACUACUCUGGAUAAAGUCAUGGAAAUGUUUGUAUCAACGUGCCUUCACCUUGUUUCUUUCUUGUCCUUGCUGGACUUGUAAAGCUUUGGAUGAUUCUCCAUGUGUAUGAUGAUGAUAUUUGCGUC